CUCUCUACGCUUUUUCAUCAGAGAGAGAGAGUGGUAAAGGGGAAAGGCGAGAAAAUGAGAGAGAAAGUGAGGGAAAAUUCAUUUCAAAGGGCCUUUCUCUUUCGUCGCGCUUAUUCUCUCCCUAUAUAAACCGCAAACUUCUCUCUUCGUUCUUCACCUAGAAUCUCCUUCCUUCAAUUAAACGACUUGACCUGAAUCGGCUUUUGAUCCUUGGGUUGGGGGAUUUUUUUUUUCCGGGUGAGAUUUCGUUAUUCGAUUAUUGUCCAUGGAAAUGGCGACAUCGGAGAGCAACGAUCUCCAGUUUUCCGUAGUAUCCAUUGUGGAAGAUGUUCUCCAACAGCAUGGAACUCGAUCGAGUGACGUCUGUUUGGCACCACGGAAAGUCGAGGAAUCUUCUUUGAGAAGAUAUGAAGCCGCAGGGUGGCUAAGAAGAAUGGCCGGAGUUAUUGGCGGUAGAGAUAUGCCGGCAGAACCCGAUGAAGAAGAUUUCAGGCUUGCAUUGCGAAGCGGUAUCAUACUCUGCAAUGUUCUUAACAAAAUCAAUCCUGGAUCCGUGCCAAAGGUUGUCGAGGCACCGAGCGAUUCUGCAGAUGGGGCUGCUCUUUCUGCUUUCCAAUACUUCGAAAACAUCAGGAAUUUUCUGGUUGCAGUAGAGGAAAUGGGUUUGCCAUCUUUUGAAGCUUCUGAUCUGGAGAAGGGAGGCAAAUCUGCAAGGAUAGUGAAUUGUGUUCUCGCACUUAAAUCCUACGACGAGUGGAAACAGAACGGUGGAAUCGGUUCAUGGAGAUACGGAAUGAACAUUAAGCCUAAUUGUGGAUUUGGAAGACCAUUUUUAAGGAAAACUUCAGAGCCAUUUAUGAGUUCCAUAUCAAGAACCAAGUCUGCAGACAGUUCAUUAAGUGAUCAGCCUCAUUGUUCCGAUCUUGGACAAGAACUUAACGAAGGAGGAGAUUCUAGAUCCAUAAAUGCGCUUGUUCGCUCUUUUCUUUCAGACAGAAAGUCUGAAGAAAUUCCGACAAUCGUGGAAUCUAUGUUGAACAAAGUUAUGGAAGAGUUUGAACGGCGCUUAUCAAUCCACAGUGAAAUGAUGAAGACAAGUUCAAAGCAUCCAGAAGAUGACUCAUACUGUGACACAAAGGUAAAUCUUCAGCAUUGCGUCGUUAGACAACAGGAGGAGACAGAAGAAGAUGUUCUGUCACAGCUCGAUAAUGAAAAGUUUCGAAGAGAAAAUUCCGAAAAUUAUGAAGAAAGGGAGAUUCUUCUGAAACAACAGAGAUUUAUCCAGGAACUGAAGCAAUCACUAAACGUUACAAAAGCAGGAAUGCAACUGUUGCAGAUGAAGUACCAAGAAGAAUUCUCUAAUCUAGGCAAACAUCUUCAUGGUUUAGCGUACGCGGCCACGGGUUACAAAAGGGUUCUUGAAGAAAACCGCAAGUUAUACAAUCUAGUGCAGGACCUGAAAGGGAAUAUAAGGGUGUACUGUCGGGUCAGACCAUUCUUGUCGGGUCAACCAAAUGUUUUGAGUACAGUGGAUCAUAUGGAAGAAGGAACUAUCACGAUCAGAUUGCCGGCAAAGUAUGGGAAAGAAGGACGGAAAUUGUUUACAUUCAACAAGGUCUUUAGCCCUUCUGCAACACAAGAGGAAGUGUUUUCGGACAUGCAGCCGCUGAUCCGGUCCGUUCUUGAUGGCUACAAUGUCUGUAUCUUUGCUUAUGGCCAAACGGGAUCUGGAAAAACUUAUACCAUGACAGGACCAAAGGAACUUACAGAAGAAGGUCUAGGUGUGAACUACAGGGCACUGGCAGAUCUGUUUCUUCUGUCGAGUCAAAGGAAAGACACAAUCUGCUAUGACAUUUCGGUCCAGAUGCUCGAAAUCUACAAUGAACAAGUCAGAGAUCUCCUGGCCCCAGAUGGCCAAAACCGAAGAUUAGAGAUCAGAAACAACUCUCACAAUGGACUCAACGUACCGGAAGCGAACCUCGUGCCUGUUUCAUCAACUUCCGAUGUUAUACAUUUGAUGGAUCUUGGACAAAAGAACCGUGCAGUGAGCGCAACAGCCAUGAAUGACAGAAGUAGCCGGUCUCAUAGCUGUCUCACAGUUCAUGUUCAAGGUAGAGACCUGACCUCAGGGGCUACUCUACAUGGUUCAAUGCAUCUGGUUGACCUAGCCGGAAGCGAGAGAGUGGACAAAUCCGAGGUCACUGGAGACAGACUGAAGGAGGCGCAACACAUCAACAAGUCUCUCUCGGCUCUUGGAGAUGUCAUCUCUUCGCUUUCCCAGAAGAACGCUCAUGUCCCCUACCGAAAUAGUAAGCUAACCCAGCUGCUCCAAGACUCGCUCGGAGGAUCGGCCAAGACCCUUAUGUUCGUUCACAUCAGUCCAGAGGCAGAUACUCUCGGGGAAACGAUCAGCACUCUGAAGUUUGCUGAACGAGUUGGCAGUGUAGAGCUAGGCGCUGCACGUGUGAACAAAGACAACUCAGAGGUUAAAGAGCUCAAAGAACAGAUUGCUAGUCUUAGAAUGGCCUUAGCAAGGAAAGAAGGAGAGAGUCCUGAUGUACAAACCUCUAUAUCUGGAAACCGUGAUCGAAUAAUGAGAAGAAGAUCACUUGAAUCUCCUUCUCCGCGACCGAAACUCGCAAGUAUCGUCAACUUACCGAGCAGUCAUAAGCAACAGACUGAGGAUCUGAGUGGAUCAGAGAUUUUCAGUGAUUCUACAUCAUCAAGAAGACACAGCUUAGAUCUCCAUGAGAUAACACAAUCGCCUUCAAUGUCAUGGCCAAGCCCGUCGCUAGAUGCAAAAGACGACGAGGGAAUACCUGGAUCCGGGGAUUGGAUUGACAAAGCCAUACUGAACAAACUCGAAGAAUCAUUUCCAGACGAGCAUCCAGAUUCUCCCGAGAAAUUCUACCGCCCAGAACCACCUCUAAACAAUGGUGGCCAAGAUUUCGGAGGGCAAAGCCUUACAGAUAUCGAAUCAGAUGAAGGUAGAGCAAGCGAUUGCUCGGAUUCGGAUUUGAUGUGGCAACUAAACGUUCAAGUUAACGUGCCUAGAGUAUCUAACAUCCCAGUUAUAGCCAAUUCCAGAGCAAAGAAAACUCCUCCAAGAAACACCAAAACCCAAGAAACCAGGAAUUUUAUCCCGUCAUUGAUUCCACCACCGACCCGGAAACCUCCAAGCACCGUGACGUCACAGCUACAGAGACCACGGACUCAGCGACCAGGCAGCAGAACCGGUCAUGGCAAGUGAAACAGCUGCACAGUUUUUUUUGUAAAGAACAAAGGAAAAACACAAGAUGAUGAUGAUGUUACAGAACAGAACAUACAUAGAUGGUGUUUCAGCUCACUCUCUCUUGAACUUGAAACGCACCGUUUUGAGAAGCAGAUGAUUUCCUCCUUUGUACAUUUCUGCUUUGACAGUAUUUAAUUUAAAUAUGUAUAUAUAA